CUUGCCUGAGCUGCCUUCCUGGGCAUAGUCGACGGCUGCCCCUUUCCCGAGCUGCCAGCCAGUCGCCCCUUCCUCUCUUUCUCUCACUCCUCUCUCCCAAGAUGCGUUCCCCGCGUUGGAUCCCGCUGCUGCUGGGACUGUGGCUGUCCCUGCUGGCCUGGCAAGGGGAAGAGGUGGCGGCCUCGGCAGGUCCCGCGUGCCCUCCCUGCCACCCGGAGCGCUGCCCGUUGGUGCGCUGCUUGGCGCCGGAGCUGAGCGCGCGCGACGAGUGCGGGUGCUGCGCGCGCUGCCUGAGCGCCGAAGGAGAGCGGUGCGGAGGGGCCCGGGGCGCGCGCUGCGGUCCGGGGAUGGUCUGCGUCAGCCAGCGCCAGGAGGAAGAGCGCGAGCACCAGGACCAGGAGGAGGACGAGGAAGGCACCGGGCGCUGCGUCUGCAAGGAGGACGGCGCCGUCUGCGGCUCGGACGGGCGCUCCUACGGCAGCGUCUGCGCCCUCCACCUCCACAGCUGGCGCGCCCUGCACGGCGGGCGGGAGCGGGUCCGGAAAGCCCACGAUGGAGAGUGCAAGCUAGCACCUGCAAUUAUCGUGCCACCGAAAAGGAUUCACAAUGUAACUGGAGCACAGGUCUAUCUGUCCUGCGAAGUCAAAGCAGUCCCAACUCCCAUCAUCACCUGGAAGAAAGUCACUGAGUCCCCAAAGGGAGUUCAGCUCCUAGAAGAAUUGCCUGGAGACAGAGUCAACAUGGCAGUCCAGGUUCGAGGAGGUCCUUCUAAACAUGAGAGCACAGGCUGGGUUUUGAUUAAUCCACUGACAAAAGAAGACGAGGGGGUUUACCAGUGUCAUGCUGCAAAUAUGGUGGGAGAAACACAGGCAGAGGGGAAUAUUAAAGUCCUGGAACAAAAUAAACAUAAGAAGGCUUACUUCCCAGCAUCAGAAGACAUGAAGUAGAAUCAAGGAAGAAGCAAUGACCUCUGAUGGAAUUGGAGCUGAGCAGACUAGAAACCUGUGAAUUAGUAUUUUACUUUCGUACCUGUCAAGGACUAGAAGACAGUCUUGAUGUUCUUCUGGCUUACUGUUGCAAUUUUUACACCCUUUUCUAGAACGUCUGAUUAAUAUUGACCAUGUAGUUGAUGUAUGUACCAAAUUCUCAAUAAAAGCAUGUUUUUGUAAUAUUUUAAAA